CCUCCCUCACCCGCUUGAUUUCGCCUGAUGUUGACUUGAUGACAAGGACCGAAAAGGGGUUUUACGGUUCCUGGGGAUCCGGGGGCCUCCCCGCCCCACGUCCCCCGGCGUCCGGGGGGAGGGUACGGUGAAACCGGUCCUAAGGCUCCGGCGGGAGCCGGCACCGCGCCUGUCGCCGGAGGCAUCGACUCUGCUCACGUAGCCCCUCGAGCCUGGGCAGCCGCUGGCGACUUCGCGCGGUGGAAGCUGUGCGGGAGGGAGUCCGGGAGCGCGCUUUUGUUCCUCCGAAUCGCCGCACGCUGAGGCCACGGGUAGAAGCCUCUUUUGGACCCCGUGAGUUAGCCUGAACCGAUUCUGACCCGGCGCCUUCUGGCCAGCAUGACUUUUGGCGCCCGGCGAGCCUCUGUCCCCGGGAUAAUCCGACCGACCGCGGUAGUAGGUGAAGUUUGCCAGCAAUUGGAGGCCGGUCGACUCUGUGUGGACCCUGACCUUGCUCUUAGGGAUAGCAAUCUUAGGGCUGGUUUCACUGUCUGCUUUAGCGGAAGGGAGGAGCUGGGUUACCUCUGUUUCUUUUUCAAAUCACACCUGCUUUGGAGAAUCACCCUGAGGGUGUUCGGCGUUGUGGGCGGAGGGGCGGGGCAGGGGAUGUCUAAAGGUGGUUGAUUUGAAAAGGAUGACAUUACAUGAUGUAGGCGGUUUGCUCCCCCCUCUUACUUUUUCAGUCUCCCUUUUCUCCUCCCCACCCGGGUUUGGGUUUUCAUUUUCUCACAUUGAGUUAAUGCUGUUUCUGGGGCCCUGGACUGAAAUGCUAAACUGACCAACCAUUAAGCUGUGAAUAGUCUUUCCAAGUGAAGGAAGCCCAUCGUUUGAGACAAGUAAAACUGGAUUCUGCAAAGACCUGGAGCAUACAUGACUAGGGAUGACCUGAACUGAUGAGAGUGGGUGUGUUAAUGAUCAGUAGGCCUUUUGCCAUCCCUCACUAGGAAACAAGGAAAGGACUUGUGAAGGGAGUGUUACAGGUCAGAUCAGCUUUGGAUCUAAGGGUAUGGCUCUGUUCAAUUGCACUAUACCUGUGAACUGUGUAUAGCCAGUGAUGUUGCCUGAAAUAAUGAGCUUACUUCCCAAGCAUUCUUUGUGUUAUGUAUUAAAGUUAGGUAACCACCAAAGUCUCAGCUCCUUACACAGCUUCUGUGUUUUGUACAUAAUUUGAGUUAGGCCUUCCAAAACUGGUGGGGAGCAAACACCACACAUGUACAUGUGUAAUAUUUUAAAACAGAAAUCUGAAUUUGUUAGUUAAGGAGGUUUACAUCAAAGUAAAGCCAAUUUUAAGAAUUAAUAAAAUGAAACAAUUGGGGUUCCAUGGAAUUUUUGGCCUUUUUCCUGUAAAAGCAUUUCUUCAUUAAUUUGGUCUCCAUUACAAAAGUCAGUAUUGAUAAAUUAGGCAGACUUUUAUUCAUCAUUCUGUAUUUGUUUUGCAACCCUAAAUCUGGAUGUUUAAAGAUUACAAAUUUAUUAUCUGAGAGUUGCACAUUGACCACAUAAUCAUCAAAUGAUAUGUUAAAAGUAUAGCAGAAAGUUCUUGUUUUAUUCCUAGUUUGUAAAGUGCCUAGUGGUCCAUGCAAGAGAAACACAGAUGUGUCUUCAUUCAUUUCAUUUCCUGAGGAAUAAAGUUUAAGGGAAAUACUGAUGCUUCAACCUUCUAAUGAUUUUUACCCUGUUUCCAGUGAACCUCCUUAAACUGCAUGUAUAUGUCACUGUUCCUAUGUAUGUGUGUCUCUCUACCACAUAACCCAGCACUUAUUUCCUCAGCCAAGUGGCUAGGGGCGAGCCUAGCCAAGAUUUUACCUCCAAUGGACGCAAGUUUCUUUGGUGAAGAUCUCUCCUGAGAGUUCGGGACUAGCAGGAAGAAGCGUGGAAAUUUCGCCCGUUUGGUUCUGUCGGAUAGAUACGACGGGCGUGGUCACCUGCAUGACCUCUCUGCCUACGAUGCUGAGUAUGCCACGUGGAACCGAGACUACCAGCUGUCAGAAGAGGAGGCACGGGUAGAGGCGCUGUGUGAUGAAGAGAGAGGAAGAAUACAAGCGAUUGAGUGAAGCCCUGGCAGAGGAUGGGAACUAUAGUGCCGUGGGGUUCACUUACGGCAGUGACUAUUACGACCCAUCAGAGCCUACAGAAGAGGAGGAGCCUUCUAAACAGAGAGAAAAAAAUGAGACUGAAAAUUUGGAGGAAAAUGAAGAGCCUUUCAUUGCCCCUUUAGGAUUGACUGUCCCACCUGAUGUAGAGCUGCCACCAACAGCCAAAAUGCACGCUAUUAUUGAACGCACAGCCAAUUUUGUGUGCAAACAGGGAGCACAGUUUGAAAUAAUGUUGAAGGCCAAGCAGGCGCGAAACUCACAGUUUGACUUCCUGCGCUUCGAUCACUACCUCAAUCCCUACUACAAAUUCAUCCAGAAAGCUAUGAAAGAAGGACGCUACACAACGGUGGCAGAAAACAAGAGUGAAGAGAAAAAAAAGUCAGGAGUGAGCUCUGACAAUGAAGAUGAAGAUGAUGAGGAAGAUGGGAGUUACUUGCACCCAUCUCUUUUUGCUUCUAAGAAGAGCAACCGCCUUGAAGAGCUGAUGAAGCCCUUGAAGGUGGUGGAUCCUGAUCACCCCCUAGCAGCCCUUGUCCGUAAAGCACAGGCUGACAGCUCUUCUCCUGCCCAAUCCACCACAGAUGGCACACCUGCACAGCCCUCGCAGGUGGAGUACACGACAGACUCAACUGUGGCAGCCAUGUACUACAGCUACUACAUGCUGCCAGAUGGCACCUACUGCCUGGCACCACCCCCACCUGGGAUUGAUGUUGCUACUUACUACAGCACCCUUCCAGCUGGAGUAACUGUGUCCAGCUCCCCUGGAGUGACGACCACUGCACCACCUCCUCCCAGGACCACGCCACCACCUCCCCCAACCACAGCCGAAACAAGCAGUGGGAUGACCUCCACAACCACCACCACAAGUGCGCUUGCUCCUGUCGCCACUAUCAUUCCCCCACCUCCUGACAUCCAGCCUGUGAUCGACAAGCUGGCAGAGUAUGUCGCUAGGAAUGGCCUGAAAUUUGAGACCAGCGUUCGAGCCAAGAAUGAUCAGAGAUUUGAGUUCCUUCAGCCCUGGCACCAGUACAAUGCCUACUACGAAUUUAAGAAGCAAUUCUUUCUACAGAAAGAACGCAGCAGUGGCACACAGGCAGUAUCAGCACCUGAAGAAGCUCCUGCAGAAACUGCUGCUGAAAAGGCAGGCGACGCUGGAGAAGACAGCAUGCCUGAGGACGUAGCAGAAGCGGGAGGAAGAGGUAGUGCAAGUGGGAAGAAGGACGCGGGAUCCAGCAAGAGCACCGUGGAUGGGAAGCUAGUGAAAGCUUCAUUUGCUCCAAUUAGCUUUGCAAUCAAGGCCAAAGAAAAUGACCUCCUUCCCCUGGAAAAAAACCGAGUUAAGCUGGAUGAUGACAGUGAAGAAGAUGAUGAAAGCAAGGAAUGCCAGGAAAGUUCGAGCAGCAUUGCCCAGCCCAUCCCAGCUGCAGCCCCACCCUGUGUGGUUGUGGAGGAAAAGAAGCCCCAGCUUACCCAGGAGGAGCUAGAAGCAAAGCAAGCAAAGCAAAAACUGGAGGACCGCCUUGCUGCUGCUGCCAGGGAAAAGCUGGCUCAGGCAUCCAAGGAAUCAAAGGAGAAGCAGCUUCAGGCUGAACGCAAAAGGAAAGCGGCUUUGUUUUUACAAACAUUAAAAAACCCUCUGCCAGAAACAGAAGUAGGAAAACUUGAUGAGAGUGCUUUCGGUGUAGAGGAAGCCAGUGCCAUGCCCUGUCCUCUGCUGGCUGGAGGCAGAACUUUGCCCACAUUUGAGGCUAAACCACCAGAAAGACCUUCAAGCAGGUGCAGAGAUCCACCAAGAGAAGAAAGAGAAAAGAAAAAGAAGAAGCACAAAAAACGGUCUCGAACUAGGUCACGCUCCCCCAAGUACCACUCAUCAUCCAAGUCCAGGUCUAGAUCCCACUCAAAAGCAAAGCACUCCCUGCCCAGUGCCUACCGGACAGUGCGGCGGUCGAGCGCCCAGCCUGGCACAUUUCAUUCUGAAAGUGAAGUGUGUGCCUCCGACCGCAGGCCCUCAGCCUCCCCAGGGACCCUGAGCACGGAGCCUUGUCCCAGCAGCUCGGCAGUGGCAGCAGCACAGCAGCAGAGUUAUCAGGCAGCCUCGGCCUCGAGCAGAUUUGACUCCUGGAGCUCUUUUGAGGGGAAACCUGGUAAACCGUCAAGGUCACGGUCACGGUCCCCUCGGAGGAGAGCUCACUCCCCUGAGAGACGACGGGAGGAUAGAAGUGUACCCACUGCCUACCGGAUGAGCAGCAGCCCAGGGGUCAGCAGGAAACGGACCCAUUCUAGAAGUCCUCAUGAGAAAAAGAAGAAGAGGCGUUCAAGGUCUCGCACCAAGGCCAAGGCCCGGUCCCAGUCAGUGUCCCCGAGUAAGCAGGUGGCACAACGUUCUGCAGCCCACUCGGCCAGCAUCUCUCCUGUGGAGAGCCGGGGUUCCAGUCAGGAACGCUCCAGGGGAGUUUCUCAGGAAAAAGAUGGUCAGAUCUCCUCCGCCAUCGUCUCCUCUGUGCAGAGCAAAAUAACUCAGGAUCUCAUGGCCAAAGUAAGAGCAAUGCUCGCAGCUUCCAAAAAUCUGCAAACCAGCACAUCCUGAGAGGACAGUGUGAGAGCCAGCCCUGUGUUCUGUGGUGCCAGCCCUGCACAGAGCCUUGUGUGCAGCUGCAGAUGCUGGGAUGAAUCAAAACAGCUGCUUUGGAAAGUCAGAGCUAAGCAGCUUGCUCUGUGCAGACUUCGCAUGGCCAUCCAGGUUCUCCACUCUUGACUUUCCUGGGACAGUCAGUGGUUUUUGUAAAUUAAUUUUUGAUGACAUUUUCAGUUUAACAUUUCUGACCAGCAGUCUCUCACCUGUAUAUUUGUAAAUAGAUCGCAUUUCUGUGAAAAUGUAUUAUUAAAUAAACUGGGGAAAUGCCUUUUCUAGUA